AUGUCGCCUUUGUGCAGCCGCAAUUUCUUCCGACUUGGCACGCAAGCUGAGUCGCAUUGGGGGGUUGCAAUCUGGAUUCACAAGCGGCUUGGUAUCCUUCGGGUCAACAACAAGCCUGUCCUGGUCGAUGAGCCGGACGUCCACAUUGUGGUACAGGACAAGCGACUCCUGAUUGUCCGAGUGGCCACGGCAAUGCGCUCGGUAGUCAUGUUCUCUGGGCACUGCCCUCAUGCAGCCCGUGACCAGGAACGAAAGGAAUUCCUGGCAACCUUUGCUGCCCGUAUGAAGCCCCUUGCGUCGGCCACUUUGGUCAUUGGAGGCUGGCCGGGACGCGCUGAAGGUGCUGGAGGCUUGUGGAUUCUGGUUGCCCUCCACCGUGGACCGUCGGCCACAUUUCAGCAUCCGCAGGGACCGUUGCACAGGAUAGACUUCAUCGUCUUUGGCGGGUUGGCUCGGAUACAUCAAAUGUGCAGCAGAGUGGCAGAGGACUUUGACACAGCGAACCUCAACAGUGACCACUGGGCGGUCGAAGCCAUUGUCAAUGGGCAGAUUGGCUCUGGAUUCUGCGACAGCAGGCUGCACCGCCCCCGAUAUGAUCGGGCCAAGAUGCUCACCGUGGAAGGACAGGCGGCUGUCAGGACGGCAAUGGCCUGCUACCAACCGCCUGCCUGGGAUGUUCAUGUGGAUGAGCAUUGCCGGCACUUCCAGGACUAUGUCGUUGGCAUCAUGAAUGAUCAUUUCCGUAUGGACCCAGGAGGCCCACGUGCUGGGUAUAUCCCAGAAGCGGUUUGGAAGUUACGUGAGCACAAGAUCGUCCUGAAGAAGAAGGCGAAGCAUCGACGGCUCUUUUGGAAGCAGGCUGUGGGUGUCUGUUUUCAACACUGGUCCCGAGGGGCCACAGAUGACACCAUGUGGGAACUCCACAAGGAAGCCGUGCUCUACCAGUUGGUGGCGACGGCGGUCGGCUACGUCACGGACCAGAUCAAGAAGGGCAUUGCGACCGGCAAGAAUGCCCUCCUCCGCGGUGUAGCUGGACAGGGACAAGCCACCACGACGCAGAUCCUCCGCAAAGCCAGGGCCUGUGGAAUUGGGGGACGACAGGCCAAACCUUUGGCCCGGGAGCUCCCGCUCCUUCUAGACAAAGAGGGACAACCGGCCCAGGGACGAGCUGCGAGAGACCUUAUCUGGCUGCAACACUUCAGCGAACAGGAACAUGGUCGGGUCUUCCCUGUCGCCGAGUAG